AUGACUAGUAUAGAUAAACAGAAGGAGAGGUUAGAGAAAUUAGCUCGUUGGAAGCAGAAGAAGUCUGAAUCCAAAGCAGUUUUGAACACGCAGAACGUAAAUACUAACAGCCAAUCAUCGAAUCAGAAUAAUGUCUCAGAUAUAGAAAAUAAACUAGAGAAGGUCAAGGCUUGGAAGAAGAGGAAAUUAGAGGUUAAAUCGGACCAACAAACACCACCUGCUACACAAAGUGAAAUAAACCAUACCUCGAGUGUGCGACUAGAAGAGAACAUACAAGGAAUUAAACGGAAGAAAAGACAGAAGAGAGUUUCCAAUGUCUUUGAUGAAGUGAAGCCCAUCAAUAGUACUCCAACAAAUGAUGCACAACUAUCAGAAUCCGACAUACUCGAAAAAGUUGACUUAAAUACUGAAGAUCCACUUGAUAGCUUCUUUGGCAAUAUUGAAACAACAGAAGAGUUUCAUUUUGAGGUUAUUGAUAAUAAAGUGAAUAAUGAUGAGUUACUUGAUGAAGACAACUCAAAAUUUGACGCUUUACAGAAGGAACAAAAAAAAUUAGCCAAAGCUAAGAAGAACAAAAACAAGAAACUCCUUACACCUGUAAAUUUUAGGAAUAUUGACUUAGAUCCUAUAUCUAAAUGUUUAUAUAAUGAACCAGAGGAGAUCAAGUCAUAUACAGAAGAUGAAAUUGCAGACUUAAGGUUAGACCUCGAUAACAUCAAAAUUGAAGGUAAAGAUUGUCCAAGACCAGUUACUAAGUGGUCUCAACUUGGUAUUCCCUAUGAUAUUAUCCGAUUUAUUAAGGAUGUGUUUAGUUACAAAUCAUUAACUCCUAUUCAAACACAAACUAUACCGGCUAUUAUGAGUGGCAGGGAUGUAAUUGGUAUCUCCAAGACUGGAUCUGGUAAAACAAUUUCAUACCUGCUGCCGAUGAUCAGACAUGUCAAGGCUCAAAAGAAGUUACGAAAUGGAGAAACUGGUCCAAUUGCUGUAAUAUUUGCUCCGACAAGGGAGCUGGCGGUGCAAAUUAAUGAAGAAGUUCAAAAAUUAAUAUCAGACUUGGAUAUUUCUAGCAUUUGUUGUACUGGAGGGUCUGAUUUGAAGAAACAAAUCGACAAAUUGAAAACAGGUGUUGAAAUAGCUAUUGCAACACCUGGUAGAUUCAUAGAUCUGCUAUCAUUGAACGGAGGAAAUCUAGUAUCUACACUAAGAAUAUCAUUUGUUGUCAUGGAUGAAGCGGAUAGACUUUUUGAUUUUGGAUUUGAGCCUCAAAUUGCCAGUGUAUUACGAACUGUUCGACCAGAUAGACAGUGUGUUUUAUUCAGCGCUACAUUUCCGAGCAAAGUGAGCAAUUUUGCCUCUCGUUUUCUUGAUUCUCCCUUACAAAUCACUGUUAAUGCAGAGGGCAUGGUUAAUGAGAGAAUCAAUCAGAAGUUUACAAUAUGUUCUGACGAAUCAGAUAAAUUUAAAGAAUUACUAUCGUUACUGAAAGUUUUUAACAGUGAGACAGUGGAUGAGAAAACUAUAAUAUUUGUAUCAAGUCAGCAGAUAUGUGACAUUAUUGAGAAGAGAUUAACCGAUUACUCGGAAAAAUUAUAUUCAAUUCAUGCUGGAAGGCCAUAUAACGAGAGAAGACAAAAUUUAGAGCUUUUUAAGAAAACUAGUAACUCAAUUCUGUUGUGCACUGAGGUCAUGUCGCGGGGACUAAAUGUACCUGAAGUUUCAAGAGUGAUACUAUAUAAUUCUGCAAAAACAUUUGCGCAAUACGUUCACUCAACUGGUAGAACUGCAAGAGGAACUAGAGAAGGUACGUCAAUCAGUUUGUUAUUACCAAAUGAGUUAAGCUCCGCUUAUAUCCUAAAUAAAGCUAUGCGGGAUAAAGAUUUCUCUGAGUGUCCGGUAAAGGAGGUUAAAAACUUAAAACAAAUGGCCCAAAAGUUUGAGGAUGGGUUGAAAUCAGGCAAAUACAAACUUUCUACAGGUUUGGGUGGGAAAGGUCUUGAAAAUAUGGAUAACAGUAAGGAAACAAGCAACAACGAUUUAGAUGAACAGUUAAAACACCAAGAUAACAUAUCGAUAAGCCAGGAGGCAGAUUUACCAGAUGAUUUCAAAUUUGAUACUUCUGUGGAAACUGUUACAAAUGCCGAUGGAACAAUUGCAACAGUAUGUAAAUUUGUUGUAAAUGAUCUCCCACAACUAGUAAGGUGGGAAAUGACCAAAAAUACCUCUAUUAGCAAUAUGAUCCGUGAAACUGGAUGCAGUAUCACUUUACGAGGACGUUAUUAUCCACCAUCCAAUGUUACCAACGAUAAUAAUACUGAACCGAAGCUAUAUUUGCUAAUUGAAGCGACUGAUGAUAAAGCUGUACGGCAUUGUGUAGAUUUACUGAAAGAUAAUGCAAGGGUGGGAUUCAUGAAGGCAACUUCGGAAAGCUUAAGAAAUACUAAAUAUUAA